AUGCCUCGCGCCCCCAACCCAAGACCGCGCACCUCGUCUCCAAGUCUGUGGCUCACUACGGCGGUGGUGGCUUUCGUAGGAGUGGUUGUGGUCGGUGUCGUGAGCGGAUGGAAUGCUUCGGGCGAGCGGUCCAACUCGGAGGGGGAGAGCUCCGGGGGUGGGAAUGCGACCAAGGGGAAGGGUAAGAAGAGGGAGGGGGAGGAUGAGGUUCGUUCUCUUGUUUCCUGUCCUUGCUAGGUGCCGCUUCACCCCAUUGCGAUCGGGACAGCUGAUGAUCGUGCACGUUGGCCAUACACAGCAUCCAACCGAUCAAACUACGAACACCUCCCCCUCUGUUUCCCUGCCCAAUCUGAAAGACUACAAAGGCACCCUAGCCCUCCUACUGCCUUCGGUAAGCCACAGCACUCAUCUUUCCUCAGAAUGCUUCACACCCACCCCUCUGACGCCACCCUCCCGCCAUCGGCGCACCUCCCCAAAAGGCCCCCACUCCCUCCCUCCUUUCCCUCCUCUCACGUCCCCACUCCACAAGCGGAGUCACAACGAUCUACGUCCUCUACCCCAUUCCCAAACCGGAUCGAGAUCAACCUACCUUACCAUUUUCGUCUGCGAGUAUCAAGCGUUCCAUUCCGAGCUGCGUUCAUUUACUACCGUAUACGGAACCCAAUUCGCCGAUCCAUAUGUGUAAAGCUUUGAACCCCGGUUACAUCUUACUCCUCCCUCCUCUCACCGUCGACCAAAUCGUCAUGACAACACCAAACAAAACAUCAUCGUCCACGACGGCGCCGAUGCUCUCGUUGCAAGACCUACAAAAAGGCUUACAAGGUUUCGGAGGCAAUGGUCGACAAAGGUCCAUUUUGAACAUGGAUGAUGGGGUAGAGGGGUUAGGAAAGGUUUUGGGGUUCCUGAGCAGUUGA